UCAUAAAAUAGACUAUUAUGGACAUUGAUAUUUCACAAACUGUAGAAUAUUUGGGGCCGUUAUAUCGUACAAGCCCCCAAAAGAAUACUAUAGAAUUUCAUGCUAUGGAAAAAGUGAUAGUAUGUUAACGAGUCGUUAAAAGUUAACGGGGCUUUGAACACCCGGCCACAGGUGUAACACGUUCUAAAUAAUCUGAGAGGAAAACGGGAGCUUUAUUUUAAAGAUUUAAGGCAGCUUCUGGGGUAGAAGAAAUCGGCAUCACCUUCCACAGAAUUAACAGCUGAAGCUGAACACGACAUCAAUGACAUCGCAAUACUCCGAUAUUGUUGUCUCCCCUGUGGACGUUACAUGGAAUGUAUAUCGAUGACGUUGAUCUAAACGUACACGUCAUCUGGAGUGAACGACAUCUGUCGUUGAUGGCAAAAUGGCUUUUAGAAUUUGGAUCAGAAAGAAAAUAACAUCUAAAAAAUGUCUGGGUGUUCUAAUCUUACUGUAUGUUAUCGCAAGUUCACUUUUAUUUACCAACUUCAAUAAAAAUAUAAGCAAAGCCCUGGAAAGACAAGACUAUGUGAAACUGCACCAACUUCCUGCUAAAUACGGUGUCGGCUACGUGUCUCCAGCCAUUAUUGACGUUUUGACAGGUGCAUUCCAACCCUGUUCCAGUGAAAACAGCCAGUUUCAUGGACAGAAAAAUUAUGUCUGUAAAUGGUUGGAUGAUCGUUACUCUGAUUCAACCGGAAAUUACGUAAUGUAUGCUCGCGAGUUUGCUCUACUAAAUGACGUCAUAGUUGAUCCUGGUCAGGCGACGGGUCGAGUAGGCGGUGAAAAUAUAACUUCGGUAUUGAAUCAAGAAGAAUCAGUGGAAUAUCUAAAACUCAAUAAAUCUUAUUUUCAAUUAAACUGCGAAAAGUUACAGCACCCGCCAUUUAAUGGUAAAAAUCAUUUAAACGAUUGGCUUGGUUCUGUCACGUGUGUUUCUAGGGACAAUUUAAAACAUGGCAGACAAGUAUCUGGAUUAACUAUAGCGGUACAGAGAUAUGAAUAUGUCAACUUUUAUCAUACCAUGACCGAUUAUUUUAACGCCUUUUUAAUUAUGAUUUUAUUUCAAAAAUCACCCAAGGACAUUAAUAUACUGUACAUAGACGCACAUCCGGCCGGAAGUCUCGAUGCAACAUGGGACCAUUUAUUCAAUAAAACAUACCGUGCCGGUAGCUUAGCUACCACAACAAAGUUUUCCAAAAUGGCGUGGAAUAUACAAUCUUAUAACAGUCCUUUAAACAACCAUGGUUUACCUUAUGUGCCUUAUUUGGAAGAAUUUAGAAAGUUUUUUCUGUCGCGACAUAAAGCAGAUAAAUUGAAAAUUCUGGAUUGUAAAAACCUAUCCGUGUUAUUCAUAUGGAGACGUGAUUACGUCGCUCAUCCGCGGAAUCCAUCUGGAGUUGUCUCUCGCAAGAUAAAAAACGAGGAUGAACUAUUAACAAGUAUUAAAGAUGUACUUCCGGGUCAUGAUAUAAAGGCCUUACAGCUGGAUAAAUUAAAAAUGGAUAAACAAUUAGAAUUAAUAUCCGGUACUGAUAUACUAAUAGGUAUGCAUGGUGCCGGGCUAACACAUACCUUAUUUUUACCCAAACAUGGCGGCCUUAUAGAACUCUAUCCUACAUAUUGGCCACAAGCCAAUAAACACUUCCUAACCAUGGCAAGAUGGCGUAAUCUGCAUUACCUUGCGUGGAAAAAUCAUGAUCCAGAGAAUGAACAUGCCAAUAAAAUGACGUAUAUUCCCCCUCGUACCUUAGUAAAGAUGGUAAAGGAAAUGGUGAAAAAAAUCUGUAAUAAAUAAAAUAAAUUAGGCAUUAUCACUUUCAUUCAAAAAAUAAAUUUAAUAAAAUUUACUAUCAUUUAGUGACCUUGCAGCUAAGUAUUUUGUGUGGGCGUGUGCGCAUCUUGAAAACAACUGACAGUUGUCUGGAAUUACGCAUGCGCUAGAAUUCAAACAGCGAGAAAUGUUGUACACAGUCAACGCCCGGGCACACCUUGAUGCAAAUAAAAUUCCGUGUUAUUUGCAAUUAAAAAUAGACAACGCAUGACAUGAUUUCGAAUGAGUUAAAAGCCUACGUGGUAAUGGUGCAAUAUUCGUCCAUAUUUGUUUGUCUAUUAUUGUUGAGCUAAAGGGAUUUUAACUGGGUUUUUUUUUAUGUCGGCACAUUAAUAUAAGCAUCAUCAACUACAGUGUGUGGGUUUAUCUUUAAUACAAAGAACAUCAACCACAGUGUGUGUGUUCGCCUUUAAUGCAAACAACACCCCCCACAGUGUAUGUGUUCGCCUUUAAUACAAGUAACACCAACUUGUGUGUGUGUGCUCGCCUUUAAUGUCCCUUUAAUUAUCUUUUAAGUGUCAUUAUACAUUUCAAUUAUUUUUAAAGUGUCGUUAUACAUUCCAAUUAUUUUUAAAGUGCCACCAACUACAGGGUGUGUGCGGGUGUGUGAUGGUGGGUGUGUGGAUG